AAUAUAAUGUGGACCAUGAAAGAAACAAAAUGAUUUCUUUAAUCAUACAGUAUAAGUUUAGACGUUUAGUCCUUUGUCAAAAUCUUAAACCCAAAUCGAGCAUUUUCAUUUUUCAUUCCCAUUAGGAAGAUUGAUGGGCUGAUUCAAGCCCAAUCACCUGAACAUGUAUACCACCGUAUAUCUGACUCUGUAACGGACUAACGGCUACUUGAACAAUCAAUUAAAUAAUAAAAAUAAAAAAAAAGAAAUAAACAUAGUACCGUUGCCCAACGGUAGAAUUUCAAACCAAAUAUCUACCUUGCCCUUUCCUCUCUUCAUCUCCGCUCCCCUCCCUUCUGCCUCCUCCUCAACUUUCUCUCUCCUCUGCUUAAACUGCACUUGAGAGUCUGAUUAUCUGCAUUUUUAUCUAAUCUCUCUUAUUAUUUAAUUUAAUCUAACUUAACUUAAUCUUCAUUACUAAAAACUCAUAUCUUGCUUCAAAAUAAAAAUUAAUUAAAAAAAUGCAAGAAAUGUGGAAUGGUCCUCCUGGGUUUAGGCCAUCAAAAUCAGCUUCAGCACCAUGCUCUCCAGCGAAGCCACUUUCGAUGCCUCGAACCCGGUCCGAGUCAUUCCACAUUACCCAUAAAGUUCCUGUUGGUGAUACUCCUUAUGUUAGAGCCAAACAUGUUCAGUUGGUGGAUAAAGAUCCAGAGAAGGCAAUUCCUCUAUUUUGGGCUGCAAUUAAUGCUGGAGAUAGAGUUGAUAGUGCUCUUAAGGAUAUGGCUAUUGUAAUGAAACAGCAAAAUCGGGCUGAUGAAGCGAUUGAGGCUAUUAAAUCGUUGCGAAGCCGGUGUUCGGAGCAGGCUCAGGAGUCUCUUGACAACAUUCUCUUGGAUCUCUAUAAGGUAAUGUGGAGAUUGGAUGAUCAAAUAGCUCUUUUGAAGCACAAAUUGUAUUUGAUUCAACAAGGGUUAGCAUUUAAUGGGAAAAGGACUAAAACAGCGCGAUCUCAAGGGAAAAAAUUUCAGGUCUCAGUGGAGCAAGAGGCCACUCGUUUGCUGGGAAACUUAGGAUGGGCACUGAUGCAGCAAAACAACUAUGUAGAAGCAGAGGAUGCAUACAGAAGAGCAUUAUCUAUUGCACCAGAUAACAACAAGAUGUGCAAUUUAGGCAUCUGCCUAAUGAAACAGGGGAGAAUCGUCGAGGCGAAACAGACUCUCCGGCGUGUGAAACCGGCAGUAGCAGACGGGCCGAGAGGGAUGGACUCCCACCUCAAGGCUUAUGAAAGGGCACAACAAAUGCUGGCAGACUUAGAAUCAGAGAUGAUGCAGAAAGGGGACUCUGUUUCAGAACAGAGCAGGCUUUUCAAUACUUUCUUGGGAUCAUCCUCACUUUGGCAGCCUCAACCUUGCAGAGAAACAUAUACCUGCCAACAAACCAGCAAAAUCCCAGAUGAAUUUCCUGAUGAAAACACCAAUUCCAACAUUUUAUCAAACAAUAAUCAGAACUUCCCACCAAAACCAAAUGGGUUUUUACCAUUGGGAAAUUCUUGGAAUAUUGAUGCACCCCCGUAUUCCUCCAAAUUGGGAACCCAAUUCAAUGAGACCCUUAAGAGGACGAGAUCCGGGAGUGCGGCGAGUUUCGGAAAUGAGAAUAACAAUCCAGCACUA